AUGUCAGAUACCAAUAGCACAAUUAAUUUAUUACUAAACACCCGUAUUACCUUAGCAUUUUUAAUGUACUUGCUAGCUUUUGCUAUAAUGCUAGGAAAUGCUGUAGUCAUUUUAGCUUUUGUGGUGGACAAAAAUCUCAGACAUCGAAGUAAUUAUUUUCUUCUUAACUUGGCCAUUUCUGACUUCUUCGUGGGUGUGAUCUCCAUUCCUUUGUAUGUUCCUCACAAGAUGUUUAACUGGGAUUUUGGAAAGGAAGUCUGCAUAUUUUGGCUUGUUAUUGACUAUCUUUUGUGUACAGCGUCUGUGUAUAACAUUGUCCUCAUCAGCUAUGAUCGAUACCAGUCAGUCUCAAAUGCUGUAAGUGAAAACAUUAAUCAUAAUAAUCUAUUACAGAUCAAUAUCAAUAUGGUGGCUGUGUGGGUGCUGGCCUUUUUAGCGAAUGGGCCGAUGAUUCUAGUUACAGAGUCUUGGAAGGAUGGGAGUAAUACAUGUGAACCUGGAUUUUUUUCACAUUGGUAUGUGCUGGCCUUCACAUCUUUCUUGGAAUUCCUGAUCCCAGUCAUCUUAGUUACUUACUUCAACUUGAAUAUUUACUGGAGCCUAUGGAAGCGUUCUAAUCUCAUCAGGUGCCAGAGCCAUUCUACACCUCCCUGCGUCUCCUCCAGCAACUGUGGACACUCAGUCAGAUGUGGACUCUUUCCAAGGACAUCUCUUCCAAAGGAAGCAGCUGCAUCCUUUCGUUCCGAGAGACAGAGAAGAAAGAGCAGUGUCUUGUCUUCCUUGAAACCCCGGAAGAAUAGCAGUAUAAUUGCUUCCAAAACGAGGUCCUUCUCCCAGUCAGAUUCUGUAGCUCCUCACCAAAGGGAACAUCUUGAACUUCUCAGAGCCAGGAAAUUAGCCAAGUCUCUGGCCAUUCUCUUAGGUAUUUUUGCCAUUUGCUGGGCUCCAUAUUCUCUGUUCACAAUUGUUCUUUCAGUUUACCCCCCAGAGGAACGUCCUAAAUCACAGUGGUAUGAAAUUGCCUUUUGGCUUCAGUGGUUCAAUUCCUUUGUCAAUCCUUUUUUGUAUCCAUUGUGUCACAAGCGUUUUCAGAGAGCUUUCUUGAAAAUAUUUCGCAUGAGAAAGCAACCCACACCAUCACACAAUCAGUCAUUAUCUUCUUAA